CGGGAGCCCAGGCCAGCUUCGGGGUUGUCCUGGGACGUGUCCUGCUGCCCGAGCCUCACGGUCCGGCGAAGGCGGCGGCCGCAUCUUUGGACUGAAGGGCUCACCGUCCAGGGCUCCCGCAGAAGAACCGAAGGGUCCGCCGCCAGCGCCGCCACCAUGCCCAACUUCUCUGGCAACUGGAAGAUCGUCCGAUCGGAAAACUUCGAGGAUUUGCUCAAAGUGCUGGGGGUGAAUGUGAUGCUGAGGAAGAUCGCUGUGGCUGCCGCAUCCAAGCCCGCGGUGGAGAUCAAACAGGAGGGAGACACUUUCUACAUCAAGACCUCUACCACCGUGCGCACCACGGAGAUUAACUUCAAGAUUGGAGAAGAGUUCGAGGAGCAGACUGUGGAUGGGAGACCCUGUAAGAGCCUGGUGAAAUGGGAAAGUGAGAACAAGAUGGUCUGCGAGCAGAGGCUUUUGAAGGGAGAGGGUCCCAAGACCUCCUGGACCAGGGAACUGACCAAUGAUGGGGAGCUGAUCCUGACCAUGACGGCGGAUGACGUGGUGUGCACCAGGGUCUACGUCCGAGAGUGAGUGGCUGUGGGUCUGACAGAUGCCCCAGCCCAUCCCCAGCCCACGCUCCUGCUUCACUGCCCUGUGGGCCGUCCCUCCCCCAUUCCUUCUAGGCUAGCUCUCCCCUUCACCCAGGCCACUUCCCCAGGGUGCUGGGAUGCCUCCUGCAGGGGCUCUGCUUUUUUUUUUUUUUUUUUUUCCCCCCUCCUCCGCUCCCCUAUACCAACAAAGAGGGAUGGAUUGCAGGGGCCCAGAUCACCCAUUUUGGAAUCACUCCCCUCACCCCCCAAAUAGGCAGACCCAGCCCCAAACCAGCCCAGACCGUCUCUUUCCGUGAGGGGACCUGAGGGCCUGAGAGGAAGAGACAGCCCUCUGGCUUCUACUUUGUCCCUGUAGCCUAUACAGUAGAGAAUAUUUAUUGGUUAAUUUUAUUAAAA